CGGGUACCAAGGACUGCUGUGUCCACGGGGCUGCCCCAGCGCUGUCCCUCUGGGGGGGGGGUGGGCACGUGGUGUGGGUUCUUGGGGCUAUGGGGAUUUAGGUGCCGGGGGGCAUGAUGAGAGCAGCCCUCCUGGAGUGCCCCGUGGGAGCUGGCAGCGUUCUGCAUCCCCGUGCCCAUCCCCAUCCGCGUGCGUGUGGAGCGGCUCUGACUCCUCCCUGCUUUUUUCCCAUCUCUUUCCCACCCCUUCCUUUAUGUACCUUUCCCAACCUUCCCAUUUUCUUGUGGCUUUUCUUUCCCUCCCCACCCCUCCCAGCCUCCCCUCCCCUUUCCCUGCUUUCUGUCUGGUUCCUGCUCUCUGUUUGUGUUGGCUGAGGGCAGCGCUCCAAUUACCUCAUAUUUGGAGAGAGAAAGCCGCAGCCAAUCCGCUCUCCGUCUGCUUUUAGGUCAAGUGAUUUCUGAACUGCAGUGAGAUGCUUUGAAUGUGUCUCGCUGCAGCUCGGGCUGUAAGAUGGCUGGCGGCGGCGGGCGGGCGUGCGGGGAUGCCGGGGGCCGUCCGCAGCGCUGCGCGGUGCGAAACGUGCGCUGAGCCCAUGAAGCUGACACCGGGGUUUUUUUGGGAGCCGGCGAGCAGAAGAGCGGCGGCAGCGGUGGCGGCGUUCCCGGUGCUUUCGGCGCCGAGGAGAUGGGGAAUUCUCUGGGCUGCGUUAAAGAGCCGAAAGAAAAAGCUGCCGGGAUGGCUCCGCUGCCCCCUAAAAAAAGGGUCCGCUUCAAACGGAGGAGGAGGGGGAAGAAGAGAGCGGUGCCGGCGGUGGCCCCGCAGGAGGAGCUGCCGGCCGCGGCGGUGCCCGGGGAGGAUGAGGAUCCGAAGUUGGAGGCAGCACCGCAGCACGAGGAGCCCGAUGGGAACCAGCACCCAGGGGGGGACCCCGGGCGCAUCGUGCAAGUGAAGGAGAGGUUCCAGGGGGAGCUGCAGAAAGCCCACCUGGUGCUGGAGCCGAGGGGCGCGCAGACGGCGGGGGAUUCCCCCGAGGAGGGCACGACCGUCAUCGCCCGCCUGCUGGAGAACCCCGCCGAGCAGGGCUGCGAGCGGGCCGUGAGCCGCCUGGUCCAGAUGCAGCGCGGUGGGACGGGCAGCACCAGGGCUGUGCUGCUGCCGCUGCCACGCGGCCCCGAUGGGCUCGGGAAGCACCGCACCGAGGGGUCCCCCGCCAGCCCCGUGCGCAGAGAGCAGCCGGCGUGGAGCUGGGAGCCGGCAGCCAGCAGCACGCCAGGGACGUGGGGGAGAGGGGGCAGCGGGGAGCCAAGCUCCAGUGCUGCAUGGACCUCCGCUGCGGAGCCGGGCACCGUUUCGGAACUGUCUACGCCGUCCCCCAUGGUGGAGCAGCUGGAAAAUCCUGGUGUCGGGAAGUCCCCGGAGCUGCCAUCGCCUGGUGCUGGGCAGGGCGAUGGGCGCGGGCUGCCGGUGUCCCACAGCGGGUCCUCCUCCAGCGGCACCGCCCGCUGCUCCUCGGGGUACGGCAGCGAGCGGGCCGGGAGCACCAGAGCUGCUGGGACUGCGGCUUCUCCCACUGAAGGUGUGCACACCGCGCAGCGCCGGGCUGUGGCGGGCGGCUCGAGGCCAUGCAGAGGAACGGUCAGUGUCUGCGUGCGCCAUCGUCCCCUGUUUGGAGUGGGGUGGGGGAACCCGGUCCUGCAGACCCCGGUGAUUGUGGCUGCUGGGGACGGUCACCUCUGCGGGUGGUGCUGAGCCGUGCACCGCGAGGUGCGGCCUGAGGCUGGGUGGGAUGCAGCGGGUGCAGGACCUCUUCCCCUUGUUCACGUGGAGCCCGGGCAAGGGGAGUGGGCUCUCAGUGAGCUCAGUGGGUUUGGGACCGCGGGUGCUUGGGCUCUUGGUGUGAUUGCAUUUGCUGUGGGCAAUGUGCUCAGACCUUGCCGGUGGCGGGUGCAGGGGGGUGAGCGUGGUGGUCUGGGGCUCAAAACGCGUCCCCCGGGUUCGUCCUUGUGCCGUGCUCUGAUGGAGGGAAGCAGCAGCCCGGUGUGGGGCUGAGGGCUGGGUGAGCUCUGCAGGCAUCACGCCCACCUGGGGCCACCCCUGUGCUCAGCAACGGGAUGCUGGGGCAGCCCCACAAGUCAGCGGAGGGUUUGAGGCUGUUCAGAGGGGCAGUUGGAGACAGAGGUGGCAGAUGGCAGAGCAUCGUUGGGAGAGAGCAUGGGUUAUUUGCCUGUUCUGAGAAGGGUCUCCAGGAGGAGGAGGUGAUGCUGUGCUUGGCUUUGGAGCUGUUGCUGGUGGCUCAUAGAGUGAAUUCAUGCUCAGGUUUGACUGAGCUGCUCACAGCUGUGGGAUGAGCAGCGCUGGGAGGGCUGGGCUGUGCACCCCGUGCCUGUGCCGUGUUAGGGCCGGUGCCACUGCUGUGGCCACCAGUUGCUUGGUGGAGGCUGAUGCUGGAAAGGCCUGGGAGGAGCUGCCCGGUGUCACCGUCCACCUAUUGCCUCCCUAAAUCUUGAUCCUGGCACUGAUGGAGGAAGAAAGGAGGGUGGAGCCGGUGCCGCACCCUGCGCCUCUCCAGGCACCUCCAGGAGGGUCUCCUGCGUGGAUGCACUCGGGGGACGGGACCUGGCAGGUGAUAACCCUGCUGGGAAUGGUGGAAAAAACGGAACUACUGGGGCUGGCUGCAGCAAGGAGCGUCCCUGCCGGGCAGUAAGGCAGGACAGCCCCGCGCAUGGGGGUUCCAUGGAUUUGCUGAGGGUUCUUUUCAUGCUGGGAGCUGUGCAGCCACCCCAGUGCAUCCCCCAGCCCCACAACCACGGCCAUUGGAUCUGGAAGAGUUAACGGCGGCGCUGGCUGCGGCCGCGCUGACAAAGAGCGGUUCUGUGCGUGACAGCGGAUCAGGCUGGAGGGAGGUGAGCUGCAGCAUACCAAUGGCACGGCGUGGGCGGGAGGAGCCCUGCGAUUCCUCCUGCCCAGGCCCUGGGGGAUGCAGCGAUGGGGCAGCGAUGGGGCACUUUGGGGAUGAAUUGGGCUCGGAGGAGCAGCAGGAGGGGUUGGUCCUGAUGCUCCCAGCAUUGCCGGGAGGAGGAACACUCAGCAAGCAGCUGGGUUGUGUUCUGCUGGCACCCAGAAAGUGUGUGCAGCUCACACCCUCCCCUUUGUCUGCCCCGUAAUUAAGGCGAGGUAAUUGUGCUAAUUGGAGAGCUGGAAGGAUGGGUGGGAGCAAGCCGUGUCAAUCAGAAAUAGUCUGGCUUGGAGACACGUGCGUGCCAUCACGUGCGAACCUGGGAUCCACAGCUGGUGCUGUGCUCUUAUCAAAAGGCAUCGGCGAUGGUCGGUCCAUGCUGCAGGGCCACGGUGGCACUGCCACCUGCACCGGGCAUGGCGAGGAGGAGCUGGGACGUGGCAUCCCCACGCUGCCCUCUGCCACCAAAGCCAGCUGGUGGCCCUGCUCCGAGCUGCUGUGCUGGCCUGGCACAGCCCACCUCUGCACCGGGUGUCAGCGAGCAGCACCUCCAAGCAGCACCAAGCAGCUCCUCUGAGCACUGCUCCGCCCCGAGGAGCGGCGCUGCUGAGCUUGGUGGCACUGCUCCUGCAGCUCUGCUCUGCCCAGCGCUGUCCUCGAGCUUGCUGGCUGCAUGUGCCCUCUCCCUUACAGCCACCAGGAGAUUCCCCCUGCUCUGCUGGGGGCUGCCAGCCCCGCUGCAGGAGCUGGGUGUCCUGGUGGAGCCUUCCCUGCAUCACCCCCCUGUGUGCUC